UAUACUCUAAAGGCCACAGAGGACCUGGUGUUUUAAUUUCUACUCCGGUCUCUCCAUCGAUAAUGCCUCCCAUCAAGUGUGUCAUUUUGGGCAAUUGUGGUGUGGGUAAAAGUAGUCUCUUGCACAGUUACAUUAAUCGAGGUUUUACCGAACCUCCUCGUUUUUCUUGCGGCCCAUAUUUGACAAAAGUCACCGGCCCCGAUAGGGAACUUGUGGAUUUACUAAUUUUUGAUACUCUAAGCUCUAAGGACUGUGAUCGUAUUAAUCGUUUAAGCUACCGCCAUACUGAUGUCUUCCUGCUUUGCUUCAGUGUUGCCACACCGGAUGAUUUCUAUUAUGUUCGCCUGCGUUGGUUGCCCGAAGUCCGGGAUCAUUGUCCACCCUCAGUGCCCAUAGUGUUGGUGGGCACCAAGUUGGAGAUGCGUGAAAGUGACGAAUUCCCCCGUUUGGGUUGUAUUACCCAUGAUCAGGGUCUUAUGUUGGCCCAGGAAAUCGGCGCCUUGGAUUAUCGAGAAUGUUCAGCAAGACAAGGUAUAGGUAUUUCCGAGGUGUUUGAGAGUGUUGUGCAAUGUGGUCUAUAUUAUCGUUCAAUAAAUCGUAUACCCCGUAAGAAAAGAAAAUGUGUAGUUAUGUAGAUAGGUAUAUAACGAUGACAAUAAAAAAUAAUCGUUAUGUUUUAACGAAUUUAUUUAAUAA